AUGGCUGUUGACCAAGUUGGAAAUCCUUUGAUUGACACGAUUCACAGUUCUGUUGUUAGUAAGAGUAGAAUUAACCGUCUCAAAGAAGGACAGACAGAACAGGAAGUUGGUAAUCAGUGCACAGAAUUAGAGUACAAUGUAUUCUCACAAGACAGCUCCGCUCAGGUGGAACUCUAUGCUGAUGGUCCAUGCAACAAUUUGGGAAUUUCGAAAAAACUGAUCAAUAUUUAUUUUCUAAACUGCACAUGUCCUAUUGGACUCAAGCCAAUUCAGUCCGAUAUUGAGUGCAGGUGUGACUGUGAUCCAGACUUGCAACAAGAAUAUCAGAUAACAAAUUGUUUUGAGGAAAAUGGAGUCAUAACGGUGGAAAGAAAUAACAACACGUGGAUACAAGUCAAAAAUACCACCAAUGAAACAGGGUAUGUUGUUAGCAGCUGUACACUUGACUAUUGCGUACAAAAACCAGUCAAUAUCAGUCUAAGCAACAGUGACGAACAGUGUGCCCACAAUCGAAGUGGUGUCUUGUGUGGAGAAUGUGAACCAGGACUCAGUCUUGUGUUGGCUACGUCAAGAUGUGAACGAUGCUCUAAUUUUUACCUUCUUUUUCUAAUUCCAUUUGCACUGGCAGGCAUAUUGCUAGUUGCUUUAAUUCUUGUGCUCAACAUCACUAUAGCAACUGGAAAGAUUCAUGGCCUCAUUUUCUAUGCCAACAUACUAGCAGCUAAUAGAUCAAUUGUCUUACCAAAUACAAAUAUUAACAAUUUUUUGACAGUUUUCGUAUCAUGGGUGAAUCUUGACUUGGGUAUUGAGACAUGCUUUUUCGGUGGAAUGAAGUCUCAACCAAAAGUACUCCUUCAACUUGUUUUUCCAGCUUACUUGUUUCUUUUAAUGUUUUUUAUUAUCAUUUUGAGCAAGUACUUUGACUCAUUUGCAAAUCUUCUCUUGAACAGGAACCCAGUUGCUGCCCUAGGCACACUCGUCCUACUCUCUUAUUCCAAACUUUUACGGUUUAUCAUUGCUGCACUGCAAUACAGGGUCUUGGAUUAUCCUGACGGUUCAACCAACACUGUUUGGUUGUAUGAUGGCAAUGUGCAAUACUUCACUCCCAAACACAUCCCUCGGUUUGUUGCUGCUGCCAUAAUCCUCAUUGCCGGUGGAUUGUUCACUAUACUGCUCUUUUUGGGGCAAUGGCUUCCGCACUGUUCAAUGCUUACGAUAUGGACCGAGAACACAAGGUACAUUGGCUUCAUGGAUACAUACCAUGCUCCAUUCACUCCCAAGCAUCGCUACUGGGUGGGACUGCUCCUCUUCGCUCUGAUCCUCCACAACCUAGUAACUGCUACGGUUUCAGACACUUUUCUUCCCGUGCUAAUGUCUGGGGUUCUAUCAGUUGGACUGAUUGUCUGGAAACUACUAAAUAAUCGUUUGUACAAAAGUAAGUUCUGUGAUUCCCUCGAAACUCUCUAUCUAUUCAAUGUUGCUAUUCUUGCAUUUGGCACCUCUUAUGUCAAAGAUACAAAGAAAGAUCAGUCAGCACUAGCCAAUACGUCGAUGGUGCUAUCAUUCACUUUAUUUGUAAUUACAUUCUGCUACCAUUUUUACAAAUUCGUACUCAAGAAGAGUAACACAUGGCUGAAGAUAGAGGACAUCCUAAGGAAUUUAAGAGCUGGUGUUGCAGACAGACGAGCUAACAAUAAUCGAGAAUUGUAUCAUCCAAGAGUCUAUGAAAAUGAUGACGAAAACGAUUAUGAACAAAGAGACUCCGUGGACUUACCUUACACUGAUGGAGCAAUGGACGAAGCUGACCCUGAUCGCUACAUCACACCUCCCAUCAUCAGACCAGCCACGAGGCCUGACCAGCUGAGACUACCCUACAUGGAUGAACUAUCCCCCCUCAUUACAGAGGACUACAGACCAGCCCCUCCCCCUACAAGAGUCAAUCGUCGUCCUGUUGUUACGCACACAGAAAUCAGCCCCAUACGCAAUGAAGUGUGAACUGUACGUACGUCUUACUUAGCUUUGUAUGCAUGGUAUACCCUAAACUUGUUUAUAAAAUUGCAUGUCGUUUUCCUUGUUUUGUGUUAAACUUCAUUAGACAUUUUAGUCAUAGGAUUGUGUCCAGGACCUUUCAUUUCUAUUAUGCGUAUUAGUUCUCAGA